GCAGGACGGCUGUACCGUAUGGUACUGUGGAGUGAGGGAGGAACUGUGAGCCACGGAGGGCCUUAUACAAGCAGCCGUGGUCAUGGCGAGAUCACUGGCUGGCUUGCUCGAGAACACCCCGCUCUAGUUUCGCAAGGUUUGGCAACCGGGCGCGAGGAGAGAUGGGUCUCGCCGGCGGCAUUGUCCGAAGGGUCUUCUCCAAGAGCCCGUGCUCGUCGGCCGGCAGCGGACGUGCCCACAGUGAGAAGGGCGCUGCAGAUCACCGGAGAAGAUGGAGCUCUCUCCGACUGUACCUAUGCGGCGACGAGAUGAAUGCAGCCCCAGAAGAUGACGACGACGAGACUCUCUCCGUCAAGAGCUUCGAGACCUGCGUGAUGCCGCAGGAGGCGCACGUCCCAGUGGCUCAACCAAGCGACGUGCACAAUGCCGAUGACAACACUGGGGAGCCUGAAGAUCAGAGGGUCCCCGGCGAGCAUAGCCACAUUGUUGCGCCAACAGAGCCGGCCGAGAAGGAAGGAGCGGCAACGCUGAUCCAGUCUGCAUUCAGAGGAUUCAUGGCGAGGAGGGACCUGCAGGAGCUGAGGAAACGCAAAGAAAUGGACGGCGGCGCCGACGAGCCCAGGAGCCCCACUUCGGUGUCUGUUGCGACGUCGGUGGUAGUCCAGGUAGGCGAGUCGGUGAGCAACCUCCGGCUAAGCGGCGAGGACAGCGCGUCGGUGCAGCAGCGGGGGAGCCAGAAGUCGCGGCCGCCGCCGCUGCCAGCGUUCAGAGUGAAGGAGGAGUGGGACGACAGCACGGUGAGCUCCAACGUGUCGAGGAUGAGGAUCCAGAGCCGGAUCGAGGCGACGACGCGGCGCGAGAGAGCCCUCGCCUACGCGUUCUCGCAGCAGCUUCGGAGCUGCGGCGGCACGAAGAAGCGGUCGGCGCGGCCGGAGCAGGCGGAGUUCAACGUGGGGUGGAGCUGGCUGGAGCGGUGGAUGGCGACGCGGCAGGCGGAGCCGGCGGCGGACGACUGCAUGAGCCGGAACGCGGACACGGGCUCCGCCGUGGCCGGGCGGCGGGUGGUGAUCGUCAGGCGGCGGAGCGACGUCGCCGUCGAGGAGAAGGAGAGCUGCGGGUCCAACGACGUGUCCGUCGUCAGCUUCGACGGCUCCAGCCUCGGCGGCCGGAGCGGGCUCAGCUGCCACAAGCCGGGCAGGAGCCGGCUCAAGGGCGCCCGGAGCCUGCCGCGCCGCAAGGUGGCGUCGUCGGACCACCGCCUCCAGGCAAGAUCACACAAGGUGAGCAAGAAAGGGCACAAGGAGCAGGCGCCGCCGCACAAGGACCAAGCCGAGGCCGACGGCUACGACGCCGCUUGCCAGCCGCCGACGGAUUACUGAGGCGGACACCGGAGCUCUGCGACCAUCUGCUGUGCAUACACUACGAUUUGGAUUUGCAACCUCAAGUAGCUGACGAUUUGUUUGGGUUUGCAACAGUCUGAAAGACUGCCACAUGUAAAGUUCUUCGCUAAAUGUUGCAUCAGAUGUCGCUGUCUCUAA